AUGCCGGUCACCAAGUGUCCAAGGAAAGUAGAGCCGCUGUGGAAAGGGUGGGACCGGAAAGCCCAGAAGAACGGACUGAGACACCAAGUGUUUGCUGUGAACGGUGAUCACUACGUGGGAGAAUGGAAGGGCAACUUGAAACACGGUAAGCGGGAGAGCCUCAAGGGAUUAAUGGCCAGCGUGGGGUCAGAGUGGGGCUAUGGGAUCCAGUUUUUCGGACCCAAGGAGUAUUACGAGGGUGAGUGGUGUAACGACCAGCGAAGCGGGUGGGGACGCAUGUACUACAACAACGGCGACAUCUACGAGGGCCAGUGGCAGAACGACAAGCCUGAAGGGGAGGGCAUGUUGCGGCUGAAGAACAGGAACCGGUAUGAGGGCAGCUGGGAGAGAGGCAUGAAGAACGGGCACGGGCGUUUCUUCCACCUGGACCAUGGUCAGCUGUUUGAAGGCUUCUGGGUGGACAACGUGGCCAGAUGUGGCACCAUGAUCGACUUUGGCCGUGACGAGGCCCCUGAACCAACCCAGUUCCCCAUUCCUAAGGUGGAGAUUCUAGACCCAGAUGGUGUGCUGAAGGAAGCAUUGGAUAAGCUGAUGAAGCCCGAGGAAGGAGAGGACUGA